GCGCGAACAGAUAUCUGUGUGGCUUAUCAUAUGGGUAGUGAAACAAGGUGUCGCGCUGUUCUGCUUCACUGUCCUAUAACUCCUAGCAUUGAUACAUGGCUCCUUCCGGUAGUAACUGUCACCCCGCCUACCCUCUCAAUAUGCCGUCUAUGCUAAACUCUAGUAUCUUACUCUCGUGACUAAAGCAAAAGACGAUUACAUGCACAUGCUGCAGCGUGUAACAUGGAAGUUCAAGGCCAGUGGGCCAAGUAACCAACCGCCCCCAAAAAGCCAGCAAGGUCACCAUGUAAAUCCUGAUGACGAAGAAUUUGAGCACAAUGGCGGCUUGGUCGUUGAGUUGCUUCGACAAGACCAUACCAACAGGCACACCGCAGUCCUUACUGCCGGGUUGGGAGGCGACAUGUCAGCCCACGUGGCUUGGAUCCUUCAAAAGGAGGCCGCGCUGCAGGAUGCAAGGUUGUUGGCCGCAGAGAGGCGCGAGGCCGCGGCCUCCCGCAUGCGGCUAGCCCGCAAGGUGGAGCGGGUACUCGUGUGGGAGCGGCGCGAGGCGGCGGCGCGGUUCAUACAGCGCGCCUACCGCACCUGGAUCAAGCGCCGGCGGAUUCACGCCGCCUCUGCCGGCGUCCCCGCCACCGCCUCCGCUAUUGGCUCCUCCAUGCCGCGCUUCGCCCACGUCGUCGCCAUGGCCACCGCCGCCCUGCCCGGAAGGUCCGGCCAGUCCUUCACCGCUGGUACCAGCAGCGCUGCCAACAGUAGUACUGCAGCGGCGGCAGCGGCAGCAGCAGCAGUCGGGCAGCUGCGGGGGCGGCGUGCCAGCACCGGAUUCGGCGGAUCCGAGCCCGGGGCGCUCCCCAGCAGAGGCGGGGUGCUGGGCAGCACCCCGCGACCAGCGCCCCUGCAGCGAAAGGGCACCGACCUGGGCCCGGAUUCCUCAGGGGAGGAGGGCCCGGCUGUGUCACCGCCGUUGGUUCCGGACAUGGCAGUUCCAACCGCAUCAGGGCUGCCGUCGCAGCGCCCCAACCUGCGGGCGGGCUCAGCUUGGCUGCCCGCCACACCGCCCGACUCCCUGCCAGGCAGCAGCGCUGCGGGCCCUGCCAUGGGGCCUGCAACAGCAGCGCGCGGUGCUGUUGUGGACGAGAUGCCUGUCCCCCGGGCUAGUGCGGCUGGGACGGCAUCCCGCAGGCGCGCGAGUGUCACGAUGGAGGCUCCGCCGCCGGGGGUUGUGCUGCUGUCUUCGGGAGGAGGAGCUGCAGGGAUGCAGGAGGGCGGCUUGGGCCGGCCGGCUCGGCUGCGAGGGCCGCACGGCGAGUACGAGGCGGGUGCGCACGGCGUGCAGCGGCAGCAGGUGCCGCUGCGGGAGCAUAAGCUGGAUGUACGGCUGCCUGCGGGCAGCGGCGGUGGGGCAGCGGCUGCUGUAUCGGGUGGGGGCAGCCGGGGGCAGGCGGGGGCGGGGGGCUCGGCGACCGACCUGAGUGCGUCGAGCUCGACGCAGCCUCCAUGCCUGGCGCUGAACUCCGGCGGUGGUGCGGCGGGAGGCGCAGCAGGAGGCGCGGCGUCUGGCAACAGCACCGGCGGCAGCACCAGCGCCGGCAUCGCAUGGGCCUCAGCCACCAACACGCCGAGGACACCCCGGCUGCCCUCCGCAACACCUGCUGAGACCCCCGCGCCGCUCACCCUUCCCCACGGCGCUGACUCCCCCACCGGCGGCGCAUCCACCACCCCCAGCCCCUCCGCGCUCAUCUCACCCUCCGUGGCAGCCGCCUACUCCCUGUCCCUGGCGGCCUCUGGCAGCGGCUGCGGCCUCGCCCCCACGCCCCGCUCCCACCAUGCAGCCCGCCGCGCCAGCUGCGAGACCGGCACCCCCGCCCCCGCCUCCUGCCUGCUACCCGCCGUACCCUCCUCCUCCUCUGCCACCAGCACCAGCGGCACCCUGCCGCUACCCCCCAUCCGGCCCUCAGCCACCCCCACACCCACCCUAUCCGCCUCCGGCACGCCCCUUCCCCCCGCCGCCGCCUCCGCCUCCCGACCUCAGCCCCCCGGCUCCUCCACGCCGCGCCACACCAGCCUCAGCAACGGCCCCUCCCUGGUGGAGGGGCUGCUGGCGGCUGCUGGGGAGCUCAGGCAGGACUCCACGGGCGACGGCUCCUACCCGCAGCCCCUGCCGCCCCCGCCCUCGCCUUCCCCCCGGCGGCCGCACCCAAGCGGCAUGCUGACCUCCAUGCUGCGUGGCGCGCGCUGGCGCUCCGAGGCGCCCCCGCCGCAGCUGCCCUCAGAUACCAUGCUGGUCGGGUCGGCACUGGGUCGGCCGUCGGCGGCGGCUGCUGCUAGCGCAGCCUCGGCCUCGAUCUCGGUCUCAGCCACGGCUGUCUUUGCUUUACCGCAUCAGCCGGAUGCAGAGGCGGCGGAGGGCGGCGGCGGAGGAGGAGAUGCAGGCCUGGCGGUGCGGUGCUUGUCGCCUGCUGCUCCCACCGCAGCAGGCGGUACGUCGCCGCCGGGCCGCUGCGGGUCUCCGCCGCUGCGGGUGUCCCACUACUGCCUGGAGCGGGGAGCGGCCGCCGCUGCCGCUGCCGGCGCUGCUGCUGCGGGCUACCAGCACGGGCCGCAGCAGGCGCACUCGGGUCACCUGCACUCGCAGCAGCUGCAGCUAGAGCUGCCGGAGGAGGUGCUGCCCGGUACCCCCGCCGGCCGGGGCGCCAGCCUCAGCCCCAGUCCGCCGCGAGGCAGGCUGCUGAGCCCCGCACCGCCGCCACUGCCCUCACCCUACCACCACCACAGCCAUCAGCAGCAGCAGCUGUUCUCGCCGGGUGGUGGUGGUGGUGGGGCCAGUAGCGGUGGUGGCGGCGGCGGUUACCACCGUGCCAACUCAACAGACCUGCUGGUCAUUUCCCCCUUCGUCUCCUCAACCACACCGCAGCUCCGACUGGCGGCCGGUGGCGGCGCCUCCGCCUCCAGUCCUCAGGUGCACCUGUCAGUCACCUCGGCGACGGCAGGCGGCGCCUUGGACCGAGACAGCUCCUACUUUGAAAGCGCCGGAACCCCCGGCCUGGCAGCGCACUACAGCUACCCCCUGUCUCCACCGCCUCUUCCCUCCCUGCUGGGAGGCGUGCAGGGCAAGGGCAGCAGCGGGUCGCAGCAGGUGGCUGCGGUGGCGGCGCUGUCGCAGCCCGGUCCCGCAUCACGUGCAGGGCGGGGAUCGGGGCUAGGGUCGGGGCAUGUGAUGGUGUUGGGGAUGGGUGUUGGGCGGAACGGCAGUUGCGAGGGGAUCGCGGCGGCGGCGGGGGAUGCGGAGGGC